AUGGCGGAACCUUCCACAUUCACGUUGCCGGAGGAUGGCGGCCGCGUCAAAGCGAUAGUCGUCGACAGCACUUCCCCAAGCACCCAGCAACCAACACUGCCGCUCCAUCGCGCCAUUGAGAAUUUCGCAGGCCAGAUAUCGCCGGGCCUGCUCGAUCAAAACGAUCUUCGCGUCAAAGACAAACCCGGACGAACUCCAUUAGCUAUCGCUGCAACUCACGGCCAUACCGAGAUUGUGCGGCAAUUACUCUCCCAUGGUGCAGACGUCAACUGCCAAGACAAGGACGGCCUUACACCACUUUAUGUCGCUGCGCGAGACAAGAAGACUGACACUGUACGCGCUCUGCUUGCCGUCGAGGGCAUUCGACCGGACCUCCCAGACAAGCAAGGUGCCACGCCUCUUCACGUUGCGUCCCGGAGUGGCCAUGCGGACAUUGUGCAGCUUCUGAUCGGGAACAAGCUCGUCGACCCAGACUCUAAGGAUCAAGGUCUGGCUUCUCCGUUGCAUCGGGCCUGCCGUAAAGGCCACGCUGAGGUAGCGUCGAUCCUUCUUGCCACCAACAAGGUCGAUGUCAACGCCAAAGACAAAUAUGGCGACACACCACUCUAUUGUGCCGCCUCUCACGGCGCCGCUGAGAUCAUGAAAGCAUUACUGGCUAACGGAAGCAUCGAUGCGAAUUCUAAAAGUAAGGACGGUGCUACUGCACUACACGGUGCCGCCCAUUUUGGACACGUCGAGGUUGUUCGUCAGCUACUGUCUAUCGCCGAUCUGGACCUGGACACGAAGGAUGACGACGGAGAUACUGCACUGUACACAGCAGCAGAGCACGGUCAAGAGGGGGUUGUUCAGCUACUAUGCUCAUCGAACAGAGCUGAUCUGAAUCCGCAAAGUGCCGACGGGGAGACGCCUCUGCAUGUAGCAGCUAGGGAAGGUCACAAGGAAGUCGUGCGAGCCUUGCUAGCAUUCCCAGGUGUUCAGAAACUACUGAUAGACAACAGCGGUAAGACGCCUUUGGAUCAUGCGACGCAAGGUGGUCACCAGGACAUUGAGCAUUUGCUCACGAAGUGA